AUGUUCGCAUUGUUAUUAUGCCGCUGGUUCUGGAGGGCUUUCCCAGAAUUAAGUGGGGACGAAGAAAAGAAUGAUGAUGAGUUGAAGUUGAAACACAGUAUAACUGGCUCAGCAUCGAGACAAGACGACGAUGCAGCGACUACUAACAGUGAACAAAAAGCAUUAAUUGAAACAAGUAAGAACGAAAGUUUUACCGAUCAAAAAAUUUUGUCGAAGGAUGCAGCGGAUGAUGUUAUAAUUACUGGAACUGAUUUAGCAGAAAUCUCGGCGUCUGUCCAUCCAAGACCGGCUUUAUUGCAAAACUGUGAAUGUGCAUUGUCCGUGGAAGAUUCCCAAAGUAAUGGGAGUUUCAAAGAAUUUUUGGACAACAGUGAUGUAAUUGAAGAAGCAGAUGGCGAUGAGGCGGAAACAUCAUUUCACGAGAAUUCACCGUGCGUUAGUGUUUCGUCGGCCUAUAGCUCAGAUAGCAUAUUCAGGGAUGCAUACGAUGAAAAAGAGCUGCUAAAUAAGCAAAAGGAGUUGGUUAGCUGCCCAGUGUCGUCUAGUUUUUUAACUGGUAACUCGAGUCGGUCUGAAAUGAUCAUGCAGCCAUUGGCUUGCAAAUUAAUGUUGCUUACGGAAGUUGAAGAUGGCUUACCUAGCGGCAAUAAAGCAGCAAAAGCGCAGAAGCCGAUUGUUCCGGAAGGCGAAAUGGCAAAAGCGAAACCUACUUCUUUAAGUCUUCCGAAGAAACUAAACGGCAACAUUCCGAGAGAACAGCCCUUUUUGCCCGAUCCUUGUCAAUUAUAUCAGCCGAUCGAUCCACAGUUGCUUCCGAGCCCGAAAUUUGUUGUUGAUGAAGAGAUAGCAGCAGGCGCUGCUGCUGGAUCAUUUAGUGCAGGUAGUGAGAGUGCCGGCGAGGACAGUGAUAUUGAUAGAGAGCAGGAAGAAAUGCUUGGAAGUGAUGACGAGGAACAGGAAGAUCCAAGAGAUUAUCGAAAAGGUGGCUAUCAUCCCGUUUCUAUAGGAGAUGUUUUCAAUGGGAGGUAUCAUGUCAUUAGGAAAAUGGGUUGGGGUCACUUUUCCACUGUUUGGUUAUGCUGGGACACAACCGAGAGACGAUUUGUGGCUUUGAAAAUUGUGAAGUCGGCUGAGCAUUAUACGGAAGCUGCUAUAGAUGAGAUCAAGCUACUUAUGGCAGUUCGUACUGCCGACGAAAAGCAUCCUUUUCGUGACCGAGUUGUACAACUGUUGGAUAAUUUCACUAUUAAAGGUGUAAAUGGUCUGCACGUUUGUAUGGUUUUUGAGGUUAGCAUUUGUCUUCCACUCGAACAUGUCCGCACAAUAACCAGGCAUGUUCUUGAGGGUUUGCAAUAUUUGCAUGAAAAUUGCCGUAUUAUUCAUACUGAUAUGAAACCAGAAAACGUUUUAGUGACCUUGUCACGGGAUCAAAUUAGACAGAACUUACAGAUCGCAUCUGAAGCAAUGUUAGCCGAAAAAAUGGGGUUGAAAAUGUCUGGCAGUGCUGUUAGUACGGCGCCGUCUCAUUUUACUAAAAAAGUGAGUGGUUAA